AUGCAUUCACGAAAUAUUUACAUUGUUGAGCCUGAUUUCAAAAAGUUGGCUGAAGAGUUCGAGGCAUUUAAGCCCUUUGUCAAAACAACUUCACAAGGGCGCAGCUUCAUCGAUUUUAAAGAUCCCAAAGCUGUAAAGCAAUUAUGUGUAUGCCUUAUGAGGAAAGAUUUCAAUAUAGACAUAGAUUUUCCUUUGGAUACCUUAUGUCCAGCUGUACCCAACCGAUUAAACUACAUUUUAUGGCUAGAAGAUUUGUUAAACGAUACGCUAACUUUAGGCGAGAAGAAAAAUGAAAUUCGAGGCAUAGACAUUGGCGUUGGAGCAUCAUGUAUUUACCCCUUAUUAGGCUGCGCUCAAAACCAGAAUUGGACGUUCUUAGGAACAGAAAUAGACGCAAGGUCUGUCGAGUAUGCGCUAAAAAAUAUCAAGAGCAACAAUCUACAAGACAGAAUUUCUAUCAAGUAUAACGAAGAUCCCAAUAAGAUUUUUCUGAUCGAAGAUAAUCAGAUCCAUUAUGCGUUCAGCAUGUGCAACCCGCCGUUUUACAGCAGCCAAGAGGAAGUAGAUGAAGGGCUUACUAACAAGCAAUCAAAGCCAUAUGCAGUUUGCACUGGUUCUGAAAAUGAAAUGAUCACACAAGGUGGAGAACUAUCAUUUAUUAAGACAAUGAUUGAUGAAAGUUUACAUUUGAAAAAAAGAAUACGAUGGUACACUAGUAUGAUCGGAUUAAAAAGCACUAUUCGGCCGCUCAUACGUUAUUUAACAGCUAAAGGCAUCAGCAACCAUUUCGUUACCAGUUUCACUCAGGGAAAAACGACUCGUUGGGGUAUUGCAUGGUCUUUUUAUACUGAUCGACCCAUUACGGCUUACAUGGUAGAGGAGUAUAGUACCCUCAACAAGUUUGAGAUAGAGUUGCCCAAAAAAAGAGAUGACAUCUUGGAAGAUACUAUUGCGAUAUUGAAAGAUUUGGAAAUAGAAUAUGAAUGCCCAAGCAGUACUGGAAAGGAUAAUGAAACUAUACUUAGAUGUUGUGUUGAUCGAAACACAUGGUCAAGAGCAGCAAGAAGACAAAGAAAAAGGCAAAAACUGGAUCGAGACACAACAGAUUCUCAAGAUAAAAAUAUCUUUGAUGAACCAGUGAUAUUCCAGAUCCAGAUCCGAUCAUCGUCGACUGCUGCAAUCAACAGCACAGUUUUUUACAUUGUGUGGACGAGCGGCCAAGAUCGAGAAAUAUUUAUAAGUCUCUGGUCUCAUUUGAAAAAGAGAAUAGAAGAACAAUGUGGUUUCAAAAGAGGAACACACUAUAAAAACUGA